ACAUCAACAAAACGGGACCACCUGCCUGCCGCCGUAGAUCUUAUUUAACGGAGCGCUCGUCGACGACUACAGCCCGUGCCGUGUGCCACUCCCUUCCGUGCCGGCGGUGGCGACUCCGAACUCCUCGGUCGCGGUGAGCUGGAGAAGCGGCCGAGCGGCGGCGACGAGUACGAGUGCAUGCGUCUGCCUCCAGGGACAGCUCGCCGGUGGAAUCGCUACAGCCCUAGGCAGUGGAUUACGGUGACCGUAGCGAUGCCGUCGUCCACGCACGGCGCCGGCGGCGGAGGCUCGGCACUGUUCGGCGGCAUCAUCACAGCGCUCUUUUUGCUCCCGAGUGCCACGGCUAUUGAGCAUCGCGCUGUCUGCCACACUCCUAGAGUGUACUCUCCCGACUCUCCCAGCAACGUGUCGAUGACGCUCUUUUUCGUGCAGGAGAACAUCGAACACCCGGUGAUGAUCAACGGCGAGAUCGUGGGACUGACGCCAGGCGAUCACGGCCUUCACGUCCACAGCUUCGGCGACCUGACCAACGGUUGCACCUCGACGGGCACCCACUUCAACCCUAUGCACAAGCACCACGGGGCUCCUGAAGAUCGAGAAAGACACGUCGGAGACCUGGGCAACAUCAACGCCGACGUGACGGGCAAGGCAAGGGUGUACAUCAGCGACAGCAUGAUCUCGCUCGUCGGCCACCACGACAUCAUCGGUCGGGCUUUGGUGGUCCACGCCCUCCCGGACGACUUGGGCAGGGGAGGCACCGACGAAAGCAAGGCGACCGGCAGCUCCGGCUCCCGCCUGGCCUGCUGCAUCGUCGGCUUCCAGUCCGGCACUGGAUGGCCCAGCCCCAACUCGAGGCUGCUCUUCCUCAUGUUCUCCGCGCUGAUCGUUUUCUUCUGCAGGCACGGCGCCUGAACCUCGUGUGCCUCCUUGUUCACUGUGUACAUAGCUU